AAUAUUUUGUAAAUACACAAAUUAACAGUUGAGUUUCGUGAGUUUAAUGUAAAACGUGCCAUGAUAAUUUUAACUAGAUACCAUAACAUAUUUUUGAGUUUGACUUUGGUUGCUUAAAUAUGCCUGGUGUUUUUUUUAAAUGUGUAAAUUGUAUAAAAAUGGAUUAUAGCGUGGAAGAAGGACUUUUGCCGAGAGAAGCAAUAGAAUUUGAUUUCGCUGAGGAUGCCUUGGACUACGAGACUCAUCUGGAUGAAGCUCGCGAUGUAAAGUUCACUCAAACCUUGACAGAGCCGUUGUCUAUCGGCUCGCAUAUUACAUGUACAGGCACGCCCACUGAAGAUAUACCAUGGUUUGCAAUAAACAUUGGGUGCGGAGAUCCCGAGUCGCGCGGGGACAUCGCGGUACACUUCAAUGUGCGACUACCGCAGAAUUACGUGGUGCGAAACACACGUAGACAUGACAAGUGGGGACCAGAGGAGACCACCGCAUUUAGAUUAUUUCCUUUCAAAGUGAACCGUCCCUUCACGAUCGAGGUGUUGGUGGAUGAGAAGGAGACGCUGUGGGCGGUGGAUGGCGAACACUACUGCAGCUUCGCGCACCGCAGCCCCUCGCCUCUUGGCGCCGGCUGGGUGCAGGUCAUCGGCAUCAGAGACACCGAUCUUAAGAUACACAAGACUGACAUAUACCCGACCACAGGUCCGCCUGUUUUUGACAUUCCAAUGAGAGAGAGCGCCGCGCAUCCACGGCAACAAGACGAACCGAUUUGGCGACCUAACAUCAUUGCUAAGUUGCCAAAUGGUAUUCCUGAAGGAUACCAAUUAGUUAUUUAUGGCAGAUUACGACCGAUGUUACAUUCGUUCGCGAUAGACUUGAUGGACGUGCACCGCGAGUGGCCGCGCGCGAAUGUUCUAUUGCACGUGAACGUGCGCGCGCACGCCGACGCGCAACUGACCCGGCAGCUGGUCGUGCUCAACGCGCACCUCGGCGCCUGGGGCCCCGAGCGCAGGCAGCGCAGUGCGCGUCUCGUGCCCGCCACAUAUACUACAAUAAGGAUAGUGCGAGGUCCUGGCGAAUGGUCUGUGUACACUGACAAUGUGCUGAUUGGUGAAAUGGAAUACCGCGCGUCGCCAGAUGGCGUUAAAGCUAUGCGCAUACGUGGCGACAUCUAUCCUGAAGAUAUCUACGUAUCUCCGUCCACAUCCUCCCCUAUACAAGAUAAGAAAUAAUGACCCUAUUAAAGGUGUUGUAGAAAAUGUUAUGUUUACUGCACUUAUGUCAUCGAAUCUAGUGAUAAUUGAAUCCCUGGUGU